CACCGCUGUCGUUGGCCCAACCAAACACAAUCAUUUUCUUUGCAUUGCUAUCUUUGCGUUUGCGUAGCCUCUAGAAUAGUUUACUUGAAUCCUCCAGAUCGUUAAUUGCCAAAGAAAAGCGUGGGCUGCUAUUUGGGACAGCGCACAGCUGGAGCCGAUAACCUUCAGGCUGUUGCUUCAGUAAUCGCCAGUGGAAACGUGCGAGCGGGAGGUGCAAGUUUGUGCCUAGACAGACAGCAGCAAAGAAACGGUUAACUUGGGAGUGCUCUGACGACGUUUGUGUGACCGAACCAUGGCGGAGGUCAUGCGUCCAAGACCGGUCGCGUCGGGCAGCCUGGAACGAAGCAAAGGGAAAAACUCUCGCGGUCAGAGCGGGCGGCAAGCCACAUCGCGGGACGGAACGGCAGAACAGGUGAGGAGUAGACAGCAGCCAAGCACUGCCCAUACGGCCACAGUAGCACCAUCGUCGUCCUCUACAAACACUUUUGCAUUUGCUGCGGCUGCGACAAGCGGUGCAGAAUCAUCAUCAGCGCUGCGCAUAGCCCAGGGAGUUGAAAUCCUGCAGUCAGCUCUGGGAGACCUGGCAAACUUUCAGAAUGACAGUGAUCUAGCUGUGCGCAUGGUGCCAGAGCUUACCCAGCUGAUCGCCAGUGGCAACACGGUCACUGUCACGCAGGCCUUAGACAUGGCACAACAGCUGAGCCGAACAGAUGCUUCACGACCGAUUAUGUGCGAUUCACCGCAGCUUGUUGCCAACCUGAUGAAGCUGGCAGGCAAGUCGGAUGUGGAGGCUGACGUCGUGUCCAAGGCUAUGGCUGUUGUCUAUGAUAUCAGCAAAGAAGAUCAAGGACUUGUUCACAUUCGUCAAUGCCAUGGUAUUGCCACGCUGGUGCGUCAUUUGAGUUCGAACACGGAAAUGCUGAUGUUCUUAGCAAUCUCCACCCUCCACAACAUGCUGCAGAACCUGGAGUACAGCAAAGGAGAUAUACGACUCGCGGGCGGCAUCCAGCGCUUCGUAUCUCUACUGCACCAUUCCAACGUCAAGGUGAUCUGCAUGGCCAUCGAUUGCCUGUAUCUCAUCUGCUACUCCCAUCCGGAGAGCAAGCUGCUCGUUCUGUCGGCAAAUGGUCCCAUCGAGAUUGUGCGCAUCCUGCGUACGCACAGCUACGAGAAGCUGUUGUGGGCGACGAGUCGACUUGGCAAGGUCCUGUCAGUUUGUCCGAGUAACAAACCAGCUAUGGUCGAUGCGGGUGCCAUGCAAGCAUUCUCAAUUCACCUGGAACACAAGAGUCAGCGCUUUGUGCAGAACGUCCUGUGGGCGAUGCGCAACCUCUCCGAUCAGGCUACCACUCUACCCGGCAUGGGGGAUCUACUUCACUCGCUGAUUGAUCUGCUGGCCAGCGAGGAUGCCACUACGGUAACAUGCGCUGCCGGAAUCCUCUCCAACCUGACCUGUAACAACGAGCAGAACAAGGUGACGGUGUGUCGGGAGGGAGGCAUCGAGGCUCUGAUCCGUACUUGCGCCCAGGCUGGCGAUCAUGAUGACAUCACGGAGCCGGCCGUGUGCGCGCUGCGUCACCUGACCAAUCGUCACCUGGAGGCUGAGGUGGCGCAGAAUGCCGUUCGACAUCACCAUGGUGUACGAGUGUUGGUGCGACUGCUUGAUCCACCGUCCAAGUGGCCUCUGAUCAAGGCUGUUCUUGGGCUGCUCCGUAACCUAGCGCUGUGCCCGGCCAACCACACUGCUGUACGGGAGUGUGGUGGUGUGCAUCGUCUGGUCGAGCUGCUCAUUGCGGCGCGCAAGGACAUCGACGCGUGCAAUGCGCGGGGAACAAGUUCUUUUGUGGAUGGUGUUCACAUGGAGGAGAUUGUCGAGGGCACAACGGGAGCUCUGCACAUCCUAGCAAGGGAUGUUCAGAAUCGAACCAUAUUGCAGAACCUGCAGUGCGUACCUUUGUUCGUCCAGCUGCUAUAUUUUGAUGUGGAGAACAUCCAGCGUGUGGCCUCGGGUGUACUGUAUGAACUAGCGCAGAGCAAGGACUCAGCCAUUGUAAUGGAGAAGGCGGGUGCCACAUCGCCGUUGACUGAGCUUCUCCACUCUCGCAACGAGGCGAUUGCAACAUACUCUGCCGCCAUAUUGCUCAAGCUGUCGGAGGACAAGACGGGUGACUACAAGAAACGUCUCUCUGUGGAGCUCUCUAACUCGCUGUUUCGCGCCGAAGCACAUUGGAGUGCGCCGUCGGAUGUUGCGAACUUUGCAGACCUGGGAGACGGCAUGAGCUCUGUCGGUGGCUCAGUGAUAUCAUCACGUGCAGGAGCGUCCUCGAUGGCAAGCAGCAAUUAUGGCUAUGGCGGGCAACGCAGGGGAGUGCGACGAGGCCCAGGCCAUGGUAAUCAGCAGGCUGCCAUUGCGGAAUCAGCCUUGGAGGAGAUCCCGCCAGAUAUGUUGGAGCUGCUCGACGACCCAGCGCUCAUUGAGGCCGCAAUGGCGAAUGCUGGCCAGCAUGGUGAUGACUCUGAGGGUAUGGGCUCCUCGGCGUGGCAGGACACGGAUCUCUAGAGAAAUGGCUCCAGUUUAUACGAAAUGACGUGUUUGUGUGCUUGCCUUGUAACUCGGUGCAUUCACUGCUCGCUCGCUAUGCAGUACUCUAGCUCCACGGCCGGCAUUUUCCUUCAUUUAAUUUCAGAAAAAGCCUGACGUACAGGUACAUGUAGGUUAGUGGAGAAGGUGUCAUGCCUGUUCGCUUAGUGAGAAUAUUUUUUAGAGAAUGACACUAUUUUAGAUGCUUUGUGAAUGCUCACCAUCCACUAUUAGUGUUAGAAAGAAUCAUUGUCCAUGUCAGGCAGCAUAGGUAAUGCCAUGAUGUGGGAAUGGUUUCCCCUAGCUAGCAAGCAACAUAGACUAUACCAGGGUUUGCUAUUCUUUGAGAAGGAUUCACUGGAUGCAUGCAUGUCCGAUGAUGCGCAUUAUCUCUCAUUCUAAAUUAUCUACCUCUGCUCUCUUCAAGUUGAAUUUUUUUCUCUUUCGUAAUUCGCCCAUGAGUACUUAUUGGUUUCUUUUUCCAUGCCCCCCCCUCCACGCACACACAAACACACUUUUUUCUUCUUCAGAUGAUGAUGGAUACAUUUCCAGCUGCCAUUCUCAUAAAAUAAUUUCAACUCCAGUGAUAUAUAUUUUUCGUCCAUACCGGCAUAUCAUAAUCUUUUUAAAUCCACAAUUAUCAUAAACUUUUUUUCUAGUUUUUUAGAGGGUCAACGUAGUUUGCCAACGAAAAAUUUAGCUGUCUUUCCCGUCUACAUUACUUCAAUAGGAUAGUUUUGCAAUUUUCUUGUUCUCCCCCCCCCCCCCCCCCCCUCCCGCACACACACACGUGCACGCACGCACGCGCACACACGUGCACGCACGCACGCGCACACACACCCCUUUUCUUCCUCUCUUGCCCAACGUUUGCUACCAUAAUUUUUUUCUUUCCUCUCAUUCAAUAUCUACUUGUUAUUUUCGCGACAUCAUGC